CCAGAAUCAGGGACCCAGAUGAGGCCGCUGUUUAUAAUAACGAUAACUGCAGUGGUUUUUUAUCUAUUGUUGUACCACUUCUAUUUCAUCAGUCGAAGGACAUUCAUCACAGAAAGACCUCGAAACAGUUCGUUAGGACGCACCCGUCAGAUUCAUCUCGCAUCUGAUUACAUAGAAUCUUCAGGGCAUUCAUCAGCAGAUGAUAGUCAUCGAAGUGUUGAUAAUUCUGAUCGUAAUCUAACGCAAAUACUGGACGCUAUUAGCAACUUGACAAAAGAUGUAGAUGAAAUUAAGCUUACUUUAAAGCAAAUGAAUAUAGAUAAGAAAUGGGCCGCCAAAGACAGUUUCAUGGAAACAAAAUAUUCAACAAACCGGACACUUAAGUCUACCUCACUGCUGACUAUAUUUUCAACAUGGACUAGAAAUGAAGAAAAAUCUAACAUUUACAACAACACGCUGAAAAACUGGGCCAGUUUCAAGCCAGUUCUAAAUCCCGUUUUAUUCACUAACGACUCGGUCUUAGCGAAAGAUGCUGCAAAAGCCGGAUGGACGGUUACGCCUUUAACAAAGACAGCAGACAAUGGAUUACCGGUGCUGAAGUAUAUGUACAUUAAUGUAAUAAAGAACUUUGAUUCAACAUUUUAUUGUUAUGCAAAUUCUGAUAUUCUGUUUGACGACGGGCUGGUACAGACACUUGUUCACCUUGUCUACAAGUUGGACAGUGAUAUUUUAUCAUCUACACCAGUGUUUCUGACAGGGCUGAGGUGGAACGUUAUUAAUGUAUUAGGAAAUGAAAUAUCACCAAGACAAAACUUAAAAGCACUGAUCAAAAGUAGAGGAAAAGUGUUUGUAACCUCUGCCGAGGAUUAUUUCAUUACAAAUAAGAUAUAUCCGUGGCAAGAUAUUCCUGAAAUAGUCGUUGGAUCAAUUGCUUACGACAACUGGUUGGUUUAUAAUGCACGAGACAAGAAACAUCUGACGAUAAAUACAUCUAGGACUAUUGCAGCGCUCCACCAGAGUUUAGACGAAAAUAAUCACAGAUCACACGUGCGUGAUACAGUCAAUCACAAUGCCAAUUUACUUAUGGAUAUUUAUAAAAUCAAUCUUCCAUAUCAUAGAGGAUUUAUUGAAUGUAUUGAAAAGUUCACGGACUUUGUGAAUGACACAUUUGUCCUAGGUGAUAGAAUGGUCAGCCAGUAUUGCAACUGACCUAAAUUGUCUUUAUUAAAAGAAGAAAAAAGUCGUCAAAUGACCUUAAACUUUGUCAGUGUGACUUUUAACCUAUUGAAAAUAAGAAUGAAACAAGUAUGAUAAAAACUUAGAAAACCUACCGUGAAGACAUAUAGACAAAGUCAGGAGUGAGAUUAACUAGAUGUUUCCGGCUACCGUUAUCAACAUUGUUAAGGAAGAUUUGACGACUGUGUAUACAAAACUUGUUGAUAAUCAUAAAACUGUGGUUCGCAGAUUAACGAUAGAAAAACUUGCGGACAGUCGAAGCGGCAUACAUUAUAAAUUGUAAAUAAAUACGCUAUCAUAUCAACACAGGGGGGUCAAUAUUUAGAAUUUAUCAAGCAAAUGUAUCAUAUAGGUUAUUUAUACUAUGAAUAGCUUACUAAAUUGUAAGCGUUUAAAGUAGAUUAGUGGAUGGUGUAGCUGCGCGGAUUAUAGAAAUACGAGCGGAAUAUUCAAUAUCCUUACCAAGGAAAUAAUGAAAAUAAUAGGACUAAACACUUGUUGACGAACAUCUGUUGACAUAAUGGACUACAAUGGAAUACGGUUACAAACAGACACAGAUGGAAUUGCUGUGGUUAUAAUGUGUAAUGGCGAUAACAAAUUUACCAUGGACUUUGUGAGAACAUGGCAUCAAGUUUUGGACGACAUCGAAAAAAAUGAAGAUAUAACUGGGCUUAUAACAAUUGGCGAAGGGAGAGCUUUUAGUACAGGACUCGAUAUAAACUGGCUGAAAACACAAAGUCCGACAACUCUUGAUGAAUAUCAUGACGAACUUCAUAAGCUUUAUAAACGCCUUAUGUCCCUUGGACUAACUACAGUGGCGGUAAUA